UGAAAUCUCGCGAUAGUCUGUGGCGGGCCCGUUUUGCGGGAACAGUGUCAACAGAAAAGCCGGGGGCCGUGGAUGACGCCUGGUGUGCUUGCUCUAUUUGGGCAAUAGUUUGAAACUUCCCAAUCAAACCUAUAUACUUAUUUUAAACGGAAUUACUCGUGUCCAUAGCGAAAUAACGGAAUUAGCCAGCCCAUCAUGUCCCAAACAGACAGCAGCAUGGAGCAGCAGCAGCGGGAAGAGCCGAGCCAACUAGACUCGGCCAGUCCGGCAGAGGAUGAUGCUUCAGAAAAUGGUCACGAUGAAGCGUCGGAUACCGCAAUGGAUAGUGAAGCGCAGUCGCCAUCACCUCCCUCGGCAAAGGAAAAGGACCAGCCGGGUGGAUAUGAAGAAAAAGUGCAAACAGACCGGACCAACAGAUUCGAUUACCUCCUAAAGCAGACCGAAUUGUUCGCUCAUUUCAUCCAACCAGCUGCCCAGAAGACCCCAACUUCUCCUCUGAAGAUGAAGCCUGGCCGCCCUCGCAUUAAAAAAGACGAGAAACAGAACCUGCUCUCUGCUGGAGAUAACCGCCACCGUCGGACUGAGCAGGAGGAGGAUGAGGAGCUGCUGAGUGAGAGCAGCAAGGCCACCAGCGUUUGCACACGUUUUGACGAGUCGCCUUCCUAUGUGAAAAAUGGCAAACUGAGAGACUACCAAGUCCGUGGACUGAACUGGCUCAUUUCCCUCUAUGAGAACGGAAUCAACGGGAUCCUUGCUGAUGAAAUGGGUCUUGGUAAGACUCUACAGACCAUCUCUCUGCUGGGCUACAUGAAGCAUUAUAGAAACAUUCCUGGACCUCACAUGGUUUUGGUGCCCAAAUCCACCCUGUAUAACUGGAUGAAUGAGUUCAAGCGUUGGGUUCCCUCUCUACGUGCUGUCUGCCUCAUCGGUGACAGAGAUGAAAGAACGGCUUUUUUCCGUGACACACUGCUGCCAGGAGAAUGGGAUGUGUGCGUCACCUCCUAUGAAAUGCUCAUUAUCGAGAGGGCCGUCUUCAAAAAGUUCAACUGGAGAUACCUGGUCAUUGAUGAGGCUCACCGUAUCAAGAAUGAGAAAUCAAAGCUUUCAGAGAUAGUGCGAGAGUUCAAGACCACAAAUCGAUUGCUGCUGACUGGAACCCCACUACAGAACAACCUCCAUGAGCUUUGGGCACUGCUGAACUUCCUGCUGCCUGAUGUUUUCAACUCCUCAGAGGAUUUUGAUUCUUGGUUUGACACCAAUAACUGUCUGGGAGACACAAAACUGGUGGAACGUCUACAUACUUGUGUGCUGAUGCAGCUCAGGAAAUGCUGCAAUCACCCCUACUUGUUUGAUGGAGCGGAGCCUGGUCCCCCCUACACCACUGACCUCCACCUGGUGGUCAACAGCGGAAAGAUGGUGGUACUGGACAAGCUGUUGCCGAAGCUGAAAGAACAGGGUUCCCGUGUGCUGAUCUUCAGUCAGAUGACCAGGGUGCUGGACAUUCUGGAGGAUUACUGUAUGUGGCGUAACUAUGGUUACUGUCGUCUGGAUGGACAGACUCCUCAUGAGGAGCGACAGAUCUCCAUCAAUGCCUUCAAUGAGCCCAACAGCUCGAAGUUUCUGUUCAUGCUGAGCACCAGAGCAGGAGGUCUUGGUAUCAAUCUGGCCACUGCUGAUGUCGUCAUCAUCUACGACUCGGACUGGAAUCCUCAAGUGGAUCUUCAGGCUAUGGAUCGUGCCCACAGGAUUGGUCAAAAGAAACAGGUGCGCGUGUUCCGUUUUAUCACAGACAAUACAGUGGAGGAAAGAAUUGUGGAACGUGCAGAAAUGAAGCUCCGCUUAGACUCUAUUGUCAUUCAACAAGGCAGGCUGGUCGAUCCAAACACAAGCAAACUGGGAAAAGACGAGAUGCUGUCCAUCAUUCGACAUGGUGCCACUCAUGUGUUCGCCUCUAAGGAGAGUGAGAUCACCGAUGAAGACAUUGAUGCCAUCUUGGAGAGAGGAGAGAAGAAGACCAUGGAGAUGAAGGAAAAGUUGGCUAAUCUUGGCGAAAGCUCACUGAGGAACUUCACCAUGGACACAGAGAACAGCGUGUACAACUUUGAGGGUGAAGAUUACAGAGAAAAGAAAAAGGUCAUCACUAACUGGAUUGAGCCACCCAAGAGAGAGCGCAAGGCCAACUACGCUGUGGAUGCUUACUUCAGAGAGGCCCUUCGUGUCAGCGAGCCCAAAGCACCAAAGGCUCCCCGUCCUCCCAAACAGCCCAAUGUUCAAGACUUCCAGUUCUUUCCCCCUCGGCUUUUUGAGCUGCUGGAGAAAGAGAUCCUGUAUUACAGGAAGACUAUCGGCUACAAGGUGCCAAGAAACCCCGAUCUGCCCAACUCGGCCCAAAUGCAGAAAGAGGAACAGGCCAAGAUCGAUGAAGCUGAACCACUUAAUGAGGAAGAGCUGGAGGAGAAGGAGAACCUCCUCUCACAGGGUUUUACUAUCUGGACCAAGCGUGACUUCAACCAGUUCAUCAAGGCCAAUGAGAAGUGGGGAAGAGACGACAUCGAGAACAUCGCCCGUGAGGUCGAGGGCAAAACCCCAGAGGAGGUCAUGGAAUAUUCUGCUGUGUUCUGGGAGCGCUGCAAUGAGCUGCAGGACAUUGAGAAGAUCAUGGCUCAGAUCGAGAGAGGAGAGGCCCGAAUCCAGAGGAGGAUCAGCAUCAAGAAAGCACUGGACUCUAAAGUGAGUGACAUUCUGUCAUCGGUCUCUCAAUGAGAGGUUUAGAUUACACUUUUUGUUUAAGGUGUCCUUGCUACAUUGUAAUACGUACUGAUUAAUAUUCAUUAAGAACACGUACU